AUGCUCUCCAAACGAUCUUCGAACGUUUGCACAGCAUGCUCUCAAGCCUGGGUCCAGCGCUUUUCAUCCCCACAAGCUCUCCGAGCGCAUCAAGCUGAGAAACGCUUCACAUCGCAAAUUCGCAGGUCGAAUUCCCAUCAUUUCUACUCCAGUCGAUCGCUAACUGCUACCGCUUUACGACCAUCAGGCCGAACACCAGCCCAAAAUGGAAGUAAUGUCAUUCAACAAAGGUUUGCCUACACGGCCUCCGCUCCCGCUUCUGUCGGUGACCAUGGCGCUACGAGAUCAAGGAAGGAGGCCCUAUUCGCCGUAGUUGAAAAUAUAUACCAAGCGGAAGAUGAUAUCGUACAAAGUUUACAAGAGCUGGAGCUCGUCGAUGCGUUUCCUCACCUUAUUUACUCCGAAGACCUCGAUUUAGUAGAUACUAUUACUGCGAUUGUCGGUCAUCGAAGUCAGGCAGAUUUGACGGACAAGGUCACAAGGGUACGGCAAAAGUUUCGUGAUUCGCUGCCGGAAAAUAUGUUAAGCGAGGAAGAGAUGCGAUUAUAUAAAACUUUAUAUGGGGAACCGCUGCCUAUGGAAGAGGCUGCGAUUGUCGAGGAUGAGCCGGAGCCAGACCAGCUAUUCAGAGGUGACGGUGACGGAGGCUGGGUUGAGAUCGAACAUCCCGACGCAAAUACAGCCGUGGAGAAGGCAACGGAGCGUAAUCUUGCUAUGGCUCCAGAAUUUGAAUAUGACGCUGAAGCCGAGGUGGAUUAUAGCGAAAUGUCCGUGGAAGACCGAGCAAACUCGAUAGCAAGAAUGCUAGGAGGGGAAGUUGUACCCUCUGCCGAUUCAAAAGAAUCUUCGGGGGAAGUUUCCGAAUUUGACCCUGAUGACAGUGGUCCACGAUCGCAUCCUCUGACCACUGAAGGGAAGUUCACCACCGGGUCCAAAACGCUUUGGAUGCCAUACGACAGCAUGACCAAACCAGUAUCCCGCAUGCUUUCAGCUUACUCCAACAAACACCUCGCAGAAACUGCACACAGACUGUUUGGUGGGCCAAAUUUGCCCUACUCCACAUCUACGCCUCCGAAGAACAUCCCUCCAACCCCUAUCCAACUCGAUGCAGGACAACAUAUAAUGUCGGAGAUAGAAAGCCAUGCUUUUCUUGCUGUCCUCUACCCCGGCAUAUACGCUUCCGUACUUCCUAUUCUUGUCGAAGUUCGCAAACGGCUAGGGUCUAAAUGGCUUCGCGAUUUGAUCGCUAAAGAAGGCGGCCCGAGGGUUCUUGAUGUUGGGGGUGGUGGUGCGGGGAUUCUAGCUUGGAGGGAAGUGCUAAAGGCUGAAUGGUCCUUAAUGUCUCCCGACAGGCCACCGCACAGUCCUAUUCCCUUCGGGAGGUCAACAGUUCUAACAGGGUCCAACGCGUUGCGACAUAGAGCGAGCCAGCUGUUGGAAAAUACUACAUUCCUUCCCCGCUUGCCGGACUAUGUGCACGUGCGCGACCAAGCGACAACAACUGACGAAAGACCCGCUCCACAGCGCAAACAGUUCGACGUUAUCAUCGCGCCACAUACAAUAUGGCCAAUACGGGAGGAUUAUCAUCGAAAAGAGCACGUGGAGAAUUUAUGGUCCCUUCUCAAUCCGGAUGGAGGUGUUCUCAUUCUUCUUGAAAAGGGCCAUCAGAGGGGUUUCGAGGCCAUUGCAGGUGCCCGCGAAAUGAUUCUUGAGAGAUUGAUUGCAUCUCCCGGAUCGACAGAGUAUGAAAACCCAACGCAAUCUCCAGACUCUGAGAGGUUCAUUCAGAAGGGCAAGGGGAUGAUCAUAGCGCCUUGCACGACCCACGCCAAAUGUCCUAUGUAUACAAAUCCAGGGAAAUCAAUCGCGCGCAAAGAUUUCUGCCACUUCCAGCAACGUUAUAUCCGACCUCCAUAUCUACAGCGGAUCAGGGGUGCUAAGGACAGGAACCAUGAAGACGCGAAAUUCAGCUACGUCGCUGUCCAGCGCGGUGUGGAUAUGAGAGAAACCCAUGGCAUUGUUCAGGGGCAACGGGCAACCGAUGCAGCUUUUGCCGGCUUCGAAGACGUCCAAUACGAGGGCAAUGCUGAAAGUAACGCCGAAGGAGAGGCAACCCCAUUCCAUCCCCUCUCCCUCCCACGACUCAUCCUCCCGCCCUUGAAACGCCAAGGCCAUUCCACACUUGACCUCUGCACCCCGGCAGGCAAAAUUGAGCGGUGGACCGUCCCCCGCUCCUUUAGCAAACAGGCGUACCGCGAUGCCCGUAAGUCUGCCUGGGGCGACCUAUGGGCACUGGGAGCCAAGUCGCGGUCACCGCGCAACAUCAAGCUUGGAUUCGUAGAUGAUCAGAGCAGUGAUAAGAAGUUUGAGAGACGUGUGCGCAAGCGGUCGUUGGCUGACGAUAUGGCGGAGGAGGAACAUCAACUGGGUACUUCCGGUGCUACUGGGGAGGGGAUGGGGUGGGGAGAUGAGGAAGAGGAUCGAGGGAUGGGUGAACUUCGGGAGGCGAUGGGUCGGUUGGAUCCCUAUGGGAGUAGGCAGCGGAUUAGUAGGAAGCCGGAGAAGAAGAAAAAGGUUCCUGCUUGGGUGAAGAAGAUGGAGGUGCGGAAGGAGAGGAAGGCGAAGCAGGCGAAUGACUUUGGUGGCUUUGGUGAUGGGUAA